CACUAAAUGACACCAUCAUGAGAUGCUCAUGGUUGUUGAUUUUGGGCUUCGUCCUAAAUGUUGCUCAUUGCUUGGAAAUUCUGGGUCUGGACAGAGAUCCAAACCUCGAGGUUUCCCGCAACGUCACGGCAGUCCUGGGUGAAGCCGUGCAUCUGACCUGCAGGUAUCUGGGUCAGAGUCAGAUCCAGAGUGCCGUGUGGAAACGCCGCAGUAACUCUCAAAGUAAAUCAAAGCGCCUGGCGGGGUUUUCACAAGGCCAAGCUUUUGGUCGGGACGAGUUCUCGACGCCACACUCUCUCACCAACCUCACAGUUAAGGUGGACGUGUCCCGAGUGGGAGUGGAGGGAGAGUACGUCUGUGAGUUUGAAUCAGAGGAAGAGGAUUUCUUUGCAAGUGUGUUUGUCAAUGUAGUAGCUCGGCCUCAUAUUCAGAUCCUGGUAGAUGCAGAGACCAUAAAUGACACUCACUACCAGGUUGUGUCGUGCUCUGCUGUCGGUGGUAGACCAACACCUCAGAUCAGCUGGCUGGUCGGCGGCCUUCCUCCUUCAGAUAAUUUCUUCACUGUGAACGUGACUGAAACUCAUUCAAACGGUACCUCCACCCUCAGCAGCGUCCUCAGCUUCCCCACCCACCUGCAGGAUGAAAACAUCGUGACCUGCGUGGUCCAACACCCGACCCUCCCACAGCCUGAGCUCACCACAGCCGUGGUGGAAAUAUACAAAUGCACUCGCAUGUACACCUGCUGA